AUGGCCACGCCAUCAACGACCAGCAGCCUUGGCGACGUCAACAUCAUCGACAACAUGAAGGCCAAAGUCCAGGAGCCCCACCGUGAUGGCGUACGCACCAUCGACUACGUGAAGACUGUGAUCGAAGAGGCCCUCAAGGGCGAUGGCACCACCAUCGACAACGAAAAGGCGAUGGUCCAGGCGCCCACCGGCGAUGGCAUCACCAUCGACUACGUAAAGGCAAAGAUCCAGGAGUCCACCUUCGGCGAUGGCUCACGCACCAUCGACGACCUGAAAGCUAAGAUCCAGGAGACCCCUGUCGGCGUGGAGGUAGACACCGUCGUGGCCGAGGCCGUCAGGCAGUGGAACAGGAAGCAGCACCCCGCCCUGGCUGGCAGCAGCAUCAACGACUACAUCGACGAGGUCAGAGAGCUCGUCGGCACGAUCGCACCGCCGGAGGCCGAGUGGACCUUCGAGAGCCCCAGCCUGCGCCAAGCCUGCCGGUCCAUGGUGGGCACUGCGGCAGGGCCGGCCCAGAUCCCAGCGGCCCUGCUGGCGCGGGCGCCGCGAGUCGCCCUCGAGCUGCUGGGGCGCAUUGGCGAUCUCAUCCGUGACGCAGGGAGGUGGCCGAGCGCUCUGAGGAGCCAGGAGGCGCAGCCCACCAACGCCACCGCUGCCGUGCUUCUCGUCGAUUUCGCCAUCGACAAGGCCUACGAGGACGACACCGGCCUCGUGGUCCGGCAGAGCGACCGAGUUGCGGGAUACGCCAGCGACUCCAUGGUCCCAGAGCGUGGCCUCGCGCAGGGUGACCCAGGUUCGCCGCUCGGGGCUGCCAUCCUUGCCGGGCCGCACGCCAGGCGAUUCGCCGCGGACCACGACAUCAUGUUCACCACGUACGUGGACGACAGGACCAUGAUUGCCGACACCCCGCAGGAUGUGGAGUCGGCCGCCGACGCGCUCGCCUACCUCGACUGGCUCAGCGGGCAGGAGGACCCUGGUAAGUUGGCAGUGGCCGCCGCCAACGUCCAGGGCGGCAACUACCAGAGCUACGUGGACGUUCUCGGCGUCGGUCUGGACCUCUCUGGGGCGAACCCUCCAGAGACUGCCCCGCGGGCCCUGCGCCGGGCCCAGGAGCUGCUCGCGCGGCUCACGAAGAUCAAGCGAGUCAGCCGGGCGGCUCGCCUGCCACGGCGCCGGGUGCGGCAGGUCGUCCUGGCCAACGCGUUGGCAUCUUGCGCUGGGAUGCGCCGUGGUGCGUCCUGCCCGAGAAGACCCUCCGGGCCCUGCGGGCAGCCCUGGAGACAGCCCUCGCGGGGCGGCGCCGGUACGCCUCCAGGAGACACCGAGGGGCCGCUUGGAACGUAUCUCCCAAAGCGUGGAAGAUCGAGCCCAUGGGCGGCGGCCGCGGGCAUGCUCAAACGCACCCUUGGCGGCCCUCCGGAGGCCUUCGUCCGCCAGCGGUGGAGGUCGGCCCAGCCAGCAGCUCGCCCGUCUGCUGGGUGGCUGCUGCGGACCCGCGAGCUCUUGGACUCCAUGGGCUGGCGCACGGCCAGUGACCCAUUCGAGGUGGAGAUCGGCGACCUGACCUUCUCCCUCACGAACACGACCCGCAGUGGGCUCGACCACAUGGUGCGGGAGGCCUGGCGCUCGUGGAUGAUGAAGGCCGGCGAGGCGAAAGGCAGCAGGCAGGACGUGGUCAACAUCCCCGGCCUCGAUGGGAAGGUGCUCCGGGAUCUCCUGGACAGCUACGACAACGGCCCAGAUCACAGCUGGGCCUGGCGGUGCGUCGUCGGGGGCGAGCCCAGCCCAGACCGCCUCCACCACGUCGACAACGCUGUGGCCCAGGACUGCGCCGCGUGCCGCACCAGGGCCACCACGAGACACAUCCUCCGGCAGUGCCCUGCCACCGAAGCAGUCACACACAGUCGUGGCCUACGUCUGCCGGAGCUCGCCCCAGAGCUCCCCGAGCCUGAGCGUUCAGCCCUUCUGCUGAAUGGGUGGAUCCGCGCAGCGUGGGACGUCCCCACCGGCGUGUCCAGCGACAUUCACGCUGCUGCCACCAGGCGGCCGCGCCAGCUUGCCAAGCGCAUUCUCGCAUACAAGUUCGUGGUCCUUCGCGUGUUCUUCCAAUUCUACGUCCUCUUCUCUUCGCUCCUCGACGCCGUCUGCGUGCAGUCGGCGUUACUCUCGGACAGUGGCCGUUCGGCGCCGGUCGAACGGGACAGGACUUCGUGGCGUGGUGUUCUACAUUACGCCCUUGUCUCCGCGAUCCUCGUCGCCUUCUGCGUGCAGUUGGCGCUGCUCAAAGAAAUUUCGGCGACCUUCCAGUCGCUCGAGUCUCCCGGGAAUGGAUCACACACCAUCGACAACGUGAAGGCUAAGAUCCAGGAGUCUGCCUUCGGCGAUGGGCCUACCACCAUCGACGCCGUGAAGGCAAAGAUCCAGGAGUUCAUCGACGCCCAGCUGGAGCGUAGCAAUCAGGCGCAGGAGACCUUCGACAUUGCGGCCGAUAUCCUGGUCAUCAAAUCGGACCCCGAGCUUGCCCAAAAGCUUCACGAUGUUUUUGGCCGCGAUAUCCUCGAGCGCUUCUCCGAGGAGAUCGCCGCGAACCCUGCCGUCGCGGACAGCAUCCUUUUCAGUCACCCGUAG